CAGAGAGCCCAGCCCGAGCGGAGCCGGCGCGGAGCGGGAGCGCGACGCUGCCUGAGGUCCCUGAGCCGCUCGCCAUGGCUGGCCCGCAGCAGCAGCCCCCUUACCUGCACCUGGCCGAGCUGACAGCGUCCCAGUUCCUGGAGAUCUGGAAGCACUUCGACGCAGACGGAAAUGGGUAUAUUGAAGGUAAAGAGCUAGAAAACUUUUUCCAAGAGCUGGAGAAGGCCAGAAAAGGCUCUGGCAUGAUAUCAAAGAGUGACAACUUUGGGGAGAAGAUGAAGGAGUUCAUGCAGAAAUAUGAUAAGAACUCGGAUGGGAAAAUCGAGAUGGCAGAGCUGGCGCAGAUCCUGCCAACCGAAGAGAAUUUCCUCCUAUGCUUCAGGCAGCACGUGGGCUCCAGCGCGGAGUUUAUGGAGGCUUGGCGGAAGUAUGACACAGACAGGAGUGGCUACAUCGAAGCCAACGAGCUCAAGGGAUUCCUGUCGGACCUGCUGAAGAAGGCAAACCGGCCGUAUGAUGAGCCCAAGCUGCAGGAGUAUACCCAGACCAUACUACGGAUGUUUGACUUGAAUGGGGACGGCAAGUUGGGCCUCUCUGAGAUGUCCCGACUCCUGCCCGUUCAGGAGAACUUCCUGCUGAAAUUCCAGGGCAUGAAGCUGACCUCACAGGAGUUCAAUGCGAUCUUCACAUUUUACGACAAGGAUGGAAGCGGCUACAUUGACGAGCACGAGCUGGAUGCCCUGCUGAAGGAUCUGUACGAGAAGAACAAGAAGGAAAUGAACAUCCAGCAGCUCACCAGCUACAGAAAGAGCGUCAUGUCCUUGGCCGAGGCUGGGAAGCUCUACCGCAAGGACCUGGAGAUCGUGCUGUGCAGCGAGCCCCCCGUGUAAAGUGGGGAAGCAGGGGCUGCACCCCACCUCCCCCAGACCCUGCCCCUGCUGCCCCGACACUUCUACCCGGACCCGGAGCUCAUGAGCACCCCUGCCCUGUCCCUGCACCCCGCACCCCAGGAAUAGAGAGCUUGAGGACGGGCCGCUGGGGGCCUCCCAGGAGCCUCUGACUCAGUCCUGCCCAGGCAGACGCUCUGCCCACUGUGGUCACUGCCUGCACGGAAGUAUUGGGGCACAGCGGGGAGGGCCCCGGCUCUCUCCGCUGUGAUGCAUGGGUUCCUUUGCUGUAUGAUUUCGGCUUCUGUGUCUAACCGAGUGGACUCUUCCCUCUCGCUCCCCUCUGCCUUCCACUCGUGCUGCCGCUCACCCCAAAAGUCCAAGUUCCACCUGCCACCUGCUAAUGGAGUAGCUGCCUUCUUCAGCCUUUCCUUGCCUCUGUGCUCUGUGUGCACCUUUUCUCUUUGGGUUUCUUGUUUUACCAAAGAAGAGUUUACAGACAAUAAAAUGAAAAUGUUCUGC